UGAUUUUACUUACUUUUUUAUUUGAGGUUUUUUUUAGCAGCCCUGGUGAGUACAGGGGUGAGAAGGGAGGCAAUGGUUAAAGGAAGUUGCUUGGUUAUGAAGGUUCUUAUGCUGAUUAUAUUCUCAGGUUGGGUUUCAAUCUGGAUUUUGAAGCCUACCAAGCUCUGGAAGAAGUCAUGGCUUCAUUUGGAAAAGGAAACCAGCACACCUGCCUUUGGUAGAGCAGGUGCCGAUAUUUUUCUAUAUUCUUUUCCUUUAGUCCUCUUAGCAGCAAUGGGUGCUGUAUAUCUACACUUCCAUAAGGAUGGAAACAUGGGCAUAACCCAGAGAAAGGCUAGAGUUAAUAUAUUCUCUUAUCCAGUCCUGAUUCGAGGACCUAUGGGAAUCAUAUCCAUGGCAGAACUGUUGGCUGUGCUUAUGUUCCUGGGCCUUUUGGCAUGGACAUUGUAUACUUAUAUUCGUGAUGAUUUCAGCAGAGUAACUGCAAAGAUGAUCUUGAAAUCAGGGAAUCAUCACAAAUGGCAAUAUAAGUUGGAGAGGUUUGGGGUCAGACUAGGCUUCACUGGAACAUUAUGCAUAGCUUUGCUUUUCUUGCCUGUGUCACGAGGCCUGGCUUUGCUACAGUUAAUUGGCAUCCAUUUUGAGAUAUCUGUCAAGUAUCAUGUAUGGAUAGCUAACUUAAUGAUGGUAAUCUUCACAUUACAUUCAUUAUGUUUCAUCACAGUCUGGGGAAGUAGGAAUCGCCUUCAAACAGAGUUAUCAAGAUGGGAUAGAACAGGGCGUGUCAAUCUUGCGGGGGUGAUUACUUUUUGUUCAGGGGUGACUAUGUGGAUGACCUCAAUUCAACCAAUAAGGCGAAAAUUCUUCGAGCUGUUCUAUUACACUCACCAUCUUUACGUCAUCUUCAUCACCUUUUUUCUUAUGCAUAUUGAUGAAAGGCAUUUUUGCACAGUAUUGGCUGGUAUUUUUCUCUUCCUUCUUGACAGGUUUUUGAGGUUUAUUCAAUCGAGAAUAACUGUAAAGGUUCUCUCAGCCAGAAUAUUACCCUGCAAAUCAAUUGAGCUUACGCUGCCAAAACACCCAGGUUUGAAAUACAGCUCAACAAGUGCAAUAUUUCUCAGCAUUCCUAUAAUAUCGCGUCUGCAGUGGCACGCAUUUUCAAUAACAUCCAGCCCAAGUGUGCAUGAAGACCAGAUUUCAGUUCUGAUUAAGUGUCAAGGAGACUGGACCCAACAGCUUUACAAUCUAAUUUAUGAUUCACACCUUCUAAAAAGUAGCUCCACUAGUCUUUUGGUAGCUGUUGAAGGCCCAUAUGGGCCAAAAUCUAACUACUUUUUAAGAUAUGAUAAUCUAAUCCUGAUUGCUGGAGGAAUUGGCGUGACCCCAUUUAUAAGCAUACUGCAAGAAAUUGUCUGGCAGAAAAUCCACAAGCAUUCUGUUCCAAAAGUACUGUUAAUAUUUGUUGUCAAGAAGUCAGAAGAUCUAUCCAUGUUAAAUCUCAUAUCGCCUUCAUUGCUACACCAGUUAGACUUGCCCAUAGAUGAGGUUUUGAAGGUUCAGGCAUUUGUUACACAAGAAAGUCAUCCACCCAAAUCUGGUUGUGCAAUUCCAACACAAGCUACUGGACAUUUGGCUGCAAACUGUGAUAUUAAGACGGUGUAUUUUGAGGCAAAGGGAUCGAGACUUUCUCCUCUUCUUGGGACUGAAAGGAACUUGUGGAGAGCAACAUUGACAGUAACAGCAUUUGUUGCAGUUCUCCUUCUUCUUGGGUUCUUCAACAGUCUUUUUGUAUAUCCCAAGGACCAUAAUUCAUACAAGAAAUACCCUCAAUGGGCCAGGAGUUUGUUUAUUUUUCCAGCAGUGACAAUAGGAAUAGCUAUUGCAACGUCAGUGUUGGCAUGCUGGAAAUUCAAGACUUCUAAAUUGAAUAGAGAAACAAGGGAAGUGGCAUCUUUGGAGGAGAUCGGAUCCACUGCUAAUCUUUUGUUAAACCCAGAAGAUGUGCACUAUGGUAGAAGACCUGAUUUACAAGGUAUAUUUUCAAGGUAUGCCAAAGAAAAUGUGGGAUCAAACGUGGGUGUAUUGGCAUGUGGACCACACCAAAUGCAAGAGAGUAUAGCAUCCAUCUGUCAACAUCAUUUCUCAAUGACACACUCCAACUUGAGGGUUGUAUUUGAAUUUCAUUCUAUAAACUUUUCUCUUUAGUAGUCUUUUUAAUAGAGACAACUAAGUUAUGGCUUUAUUAUAAAAGAGAACUAUUUUAUAUAGAUAUUAGUACUAUUAUUUCAAAAUAGAUUUUAUAUAAAAU